GAAAAUGAACAUGUCAAUAAGAGCAGUGUUUGGAAAAGGACACCUCACCUCCAAACAGCUUUCAUUUGCCUUACCUCAGACAGAUUCCCUGAGGAUAGGCAGCCGGAGUGCAGGAGGAAAGAGGAGGAUGUUCUCUUUUUCACUCAGAUGUCGUCUGGGAAUCAUCAGAGGAAGAACCAAAGAUGAAGGGCCCUAUUCAAAAGGGAGCAAAGAGACAACUGACCAAUCACAUUCCACCCGAGGUCGAAGCCUUUCAGAGGAGUAUCGAGGAGUGACCACGGUGGAGCUGAUGAAAAGGGAAGGCAGCAGCCUUGGCCUCACCAUCUCCGGAGGCUCUGAUAAAGAUGGCAAGCCCAGAGUGUCAAACCUACGGCCAGGUGGGCUGGCUGCCAGGAGCGACCAGCUGAAUGUGGGUGACUACAUCAAGUCAGUAAAUGGCAUCAACCUGUCCAAGCUCCGGCAUGACGAAAUCAUUAGCCUACUGAAAAACAUCGGGGAGCGAGUCGUCCUGGAAGUUGAAUAUGAGCUGCCUCCAUUUGUCCAGAAUCCCUCGGGCGUCAUAACUAAAACAAUAGAGGUGUGUUUACACAAGGAGGGAAACAGUUUUGGGUUUGUCAUGAGAGGGGGCUUUCAUGAAGACUGGCGAAGGUCUCGUCCUCUAGUAGUUACUGGCGUCCGGCCUGGGGGUCCGGCUGACAGAGAGGGCACAAUAAAGGCUGGAGAUCGAGUUCUAAGCAUAGAUGGGAUGCCUUUAAACAGAGAGAGGCAUGCUGAGGCUCUGACCAUGCUGAUGCAAAGUGGACAAGAAGCUCUCUUCCUGAUCGAGUAUGAUGUUUCCGUCAUGGAGGCAGUGCAGCAGGCCUCAGGCCCUCUGCUGGUGGAAAUAGUGAAAGGUUCUUCAGCUAGCCUGGGGAUCAGCCUCACAACAACAAUAUAUAGAAGCAAGCAAGUCAUCAUUAUCGACAAGAUAAAGCCAGCAAGUGUGGCAGAAAGAUGUGGAGCACUUCACGUGGGAGACAUCCUGCUGUCCAUAGAUGGGACAAAUACUGAGCACUGCUCCCUGAUGGAGGCCACACAGCUGCUGGCCAGCACCUCUGACACUCUCAAACUUGAGAUUCUUCCAGCCAGUCAGAGCAGACUUCCCAUCCGACCACAAGACACAGUUAAAGUACAGAAAAGCAACCAUCAUCACUGGGACCAAAGCAGCAACUACUGCCAUCCCCCACAUGCCAGCCACAGCAAGACAUGGAGCAGCCCAAGCCACCCACACAACCAGCAGGACCACUGCAAAUCAGCUGUGAGCGGCAGUUUCUCCCCUUCCUCUACAGCCACCUCAGGCUUUAGCAGCCAAGGUAGCAACACUCUGCCCUGCCCCAAUGCUCCCAUCGCCCCCACCAGCCCUCGUAACUCCACUGAGAAGAGGAGGAUCAGGAAAAAGGACCACAAGAGCUCAUUGUCUCUGACCUCCAGCUCCGUCGGUCCUGGGGGGCAGAUUUUUCAUGUGGAAACAAGUGAAAUCCUCCUUAGGGGAGAUCCACUCACAGGAUUUGGGAUCCAGCUGCAAGGGGGGGUGUUUGCAACAGAAACGCUGUCCGCUCCCCCGGUCAUCCGCUUUAUAGAGCCCGAAAGCCCAGCUGAGAGGUGUGGGCUGUUGCAGGUUGGAGACAGAAUGUUGUCCAUCAAUGGGAUCCCGACUGAGGAUGGAACUCUGGAAGAAGCUCAUCAGCUGCUCAGAGACUCUGCUCUGGCAAACAAGGUUACAGUGGAGGUUGAGUUUGAUGUCGCAGAGUCUGUGGUUCCAAGCAGCGGCACCUUCCAUGUUAAAUUGCCCAAGCGGAGGGGAGUGGAGUUGGGCAUCACUAUCAGCGCAAGUAAGAAACCUGGCAAGCCCCUCAUCAUCUCAGACAUCAGGAAAGGAAGCAUAGCACACAGAACAGGCACUCUGGAGCCUGGAGACCGUCUGCUGGCCAUCGACUCCGUGCGUCUGGAUAACUGUUCCAUGGAGGAUGCCAUGAGCGUCCUACAGCAGGCUGAAGACAUGGUCAAAUUGCGGAUCCAGAAGGACGAGGACAACAUUGAUGAGCUGGAAAUGUCAGGCUCAAUCAUCUACACAGUUGAACUGAAGAGGUUUAACGGACCCCUGGGCAUUACAAUAUCUGGCACAGAGGAACCUUUUGACCCUAUCGUCAUCUCUGGCCUCACCAAGAAAGGUCUGGCUGAGAGGACUGGGGCCAUCCACAUGGGGGAUAGAGUCCUAGCCAUCAACGGGGUCAGCCUUAAAGGGAAGCCUCUGAGCGAGGCUAUCCAUCUGCUGCAGAUGGCCGGGGAGUCAGUCACCCUCAAGAUCAAAAAACAAGCUGACCCAUCCGGCUGUCGGCGACAACCAGACAGAGAACCGGGCUUUCUAAGUGAUCCGGAGGAUGAGCUAACCGACUCCCAAAAAACCAGUAAACUCUCCGAGGCCUACUCGGCCACUGUUCCCAGCAUAGACUCUGCUAUGAGCUCCUGGGACAGCACAGCAUUUGAUGCAGGCUACAUUAGUCAAGGGACAUAUCUGCAUAAAACCUCUGAUUUACUCCUGAAUCCAUUUGACUGGAGGCGGCCAAAGCUUAGAGGCCACACCACCUCCAGCUCUGGAGGUUUGGGGCUACAAGCUGGGCUGUAUGAUGGGGGAUUCAACGAAGAUGAGUGGGACAAGAUACCUGGAUUCAUCAGCCCCCCUCGCUGCCAUGGCUCACUGAACAAGGAUGACAGCUUCUGGUCCCAGGCUCUGCAGGACCUUGAGACCUGUGGCCAAUCUGGGAUUCUCAGGGACCUAGAAGCUUCUAUGACGGGCAGCACUCUUAGCCUUUACUUGGAGGAGACCAAGACCAGUGAAGACUCAAUGUUUCUCUCUGAGAUUAGUCCAAUAAAAAAAGAAGGAAUCCACAAUGGGUCAAAAAACAAAAGCCUGAACCUGUCUACCAGAGCCAGAGAUGGGUCAUCCAGGGCCAAAGGGGAAGCAGCUGACAUUCUGUCUCCUGCAGCUUUGACUCUACAGAAGGUGUGUCUAAGGAAGGAUCCUGAAAGCCAUGACUUUGGUUUUAGUGUGUCGGAUGGGCUCCUGGAAAAGGGAGUUUAUGUCAACAUGAUUAGGCCAGAAGGACCAGCUGAAGAAGCUGGCCUGAAACCCUUCGACCGAAUCCUUCAGGUGAACCGUGUGAGGACCCGGGACUUGGACUGCUGUCUCACUGUCCCUCUAAUUAUGGAGGCCGGAGACUGUUUGGAUCUGGUCAUUAGCAGGAAUCCACUGGCAGUGGCCUAUGCGGAGCUGCCCAACGACUGUGACGGCCCCUCAAGCUCGUUUCUGUGCUUUGCCAACUACGGGAGCAACAGCAUUGCCCUGUGAACACAGAGAUGGAUGAAGAACACAGCACGGCUGGCUGGGAAUUCACGCAUGCAUCACACGUGGUUUAUUUUGUCACAUUGUAGCUGUCAAACCUUCACGCUUGUGUUUUUCACAGAGGAACAACCGUUCUUUUGCCUCAGGGCAUCUCUCUGUUAACAUUACACGAAAGCUUUUAUUUAUUGCUGCGUUCAGAUUAUCUGCUCUGUGGAGACAAAGGUUUCAGAACAGAGCUCCCACCCCCCUCACCAGAGGCAGAACCACAUGGAGGGUUAUAUAACAGAGGAGUCAUAGCUUCUGACGGGGGGCCAGGACAUCAACGCACAUGUCUUUACUCUGCAAAACCACAUGAUGUGCACACUCACUGCCUAAAAUUUAAUUUUUAAUUAGGCCUUGUUUUAACAUUGUUUUUCUUUCCAUUUUCACAAAGGAUGCACCUGUUAAUUAACAGAUUCUCUUACAGAGAUUGCAUAUUGAUGGAUCCUAAGAUCAAAGAAGAUUGCACUUAUUUUAGCCAUGAGUUGGCUCACUACCUUUGUUUCCAUUCUCUAACCUGCACUGGCUAAAGGGCGGAUGGUGCCCUGAAAUAGUCUGAGCUCGCCCCGAUACCUGCCAACAACAAUGCCGCAAACAUUUUGUUCUCUAUUUUUACAACACUUGAUUCAUGAUUAUUUUGUCACCUGUGUUUCAGAGACACUUUUCAUAUGCGUGGGUGAAUUUUUUUCGAUGUUCACUUUUUUUUUUUUUUGAGUGUUUAUCACGUUUAAAAACUAAAUUACGUUUGCACAGUUUAAAACACAGCUUCUGCAUGUUUUUCAGUUUUUUUAUUUCAAUGUUCACGACUUUUCUGAAUAAGCUGCUCUUUCUAACACAUAACUCUAAGGAUACAAAGUGUGUACAAAUUAACAUUUUCUAUUUGCUUAGAACUAUGUGAGUGCUUUUUUUUUUCAAUAACACUGUUCUCGAUGUUUUUUCCUUUUUCUAAUGAACGUACUGGUCUGAAAAUGGAUUACAAUAAGUCAUGUGUCAGCUGAUGUGAAUAUGUUACUGUCCCAUUUGUAGCAGCCUUGGAGCCAAAUUAUUAUAGUUGGGUUGUAACCUUCACUUUUUUUUUGUUGUUGUUGAAUUUGCUCCAUAUCUAGGCCACUUUUUAAAGUCUUUUAAUGUAAAAGAAAGCUUUUACAGUAAAAGACACUGAUGUCUAAUGUCUUGUUGUUUGGAUCAAAUGUUUUCAGGAUCUUCCAAGAAAGCUGAGAUACUGAAUGUGUUUCUGAACUAAUUUUUUAAGUUGUCUGUCAAUUUGUGAAGUUAUUAAAAUUUUUAUUUAGUGAGUAAUGCCAUUUUUUUUAUUGCAAUAAAGUUAUAAGGUUAUCUGUC